AGAGGGCAACAGGAGAAAAAUAAUUCUGGGGUUUUGAAAGGGGCUCACACUAAAGUGAAGAGGUAUUUUUGUUCAAAAUGUGGCAAAGCUUUCACAGCAAUGUCAAAACUGCUCACGCAUGAAAGGGUUCAUACAGGGGAGAAGCCAUUUCAGUGUUCCAAAUGUGGCAAAGCUUUCAAAACAAAGGGAAAUCUUUUAACACACGAGAGGGGUCAUACAGGAGAGAAGCCAUACCGGUGUCCCGAAUGUGGCAAAGCUUUCACAACAAGGUCAACUCUUAUCAGACACCAGAUGGUUCACGCAGGGGAGAAGCCAUUUCAGUGUUCUGAAUGUGACAAAGCUUUUACACAGAAGUCAGAACUUAUCAGACAUAAGAUGAUUCACUCCGGAACAAAACCAUUUCAGUGCUCAGAAUGUGACAAAGCUUAUACACAGAAGUCAGCUCUUACCAGUCACAAGAUGAUUCACACCGGAGCAAGACCAUUUCAGUGUUCCGAAUGUGACAAAGCUUUUUUAAGGAAGUCAGGUCUUCGCAAACAUAAGAAGGAUCACCAUGUAAAACAGCCAUACUAUUGUUCAGAAUGUGACAAAGCUUUUACUGUAAAGUCCCAGUUUAUCAUACACCAGAGGGUUCAUACUAGAGAGAAACCUUAUCAGUGUUCUGAGUGUAAAAAAGCUUUUUCAUGGAAAUCGAACCUCAUCACGCACCAAAGAGUUCACACCGGAGAGAGGCCAUAUCACUGUUCAGAAUGUGAGAAAGCUUUUAGAGUGAAGUCAGAACUUAUCAGACACCAGAGGAGUCACACUGGAGAGAGGCCGUAUCAGUGUUCUGAAUGUAACAAGGCUUUUACAGUGAAACCUUUGCUUCUCAGACACAAGAGGGUCCACACUGGGGUGAAGCCAUUUCGUUGUUCAAAAUGUGACAAAGCUUUUACGUUGAAGGGAAACCUUAUCAUGCAUGAGCGGAUUCACACCGGAGAGAAGCCGUACAAGUGUUCUGUAUGUGACAGAGCUUUUACGGGGAAGGCAGAACUUAUCAUACACGAGAGGAACCACACCGGGGAGAAGCCGUAUCAGUGUUCUGAAUGUGACAAAGCUUUUAAAACUAAAUCCAGUCUUGUCAAUCACGAGAGGGUUCACACUGGAGUGAAGCCGUAUCAGUGUUUUGAAUGUGACAAAGCAUUUUCAAAGAGGGCGUACCUUGUCAAACACCAAAGAAACCUAUAUAUAGAGAAGCCAUUUCAUUGUUCUGAAUGUGACCAAGCUUUUGCCCAGAAGACACAUCUUAUCCGACACGAGAAGCUACACACCGGAGAGAAGCCGUUUCAAUGUUCUGAAUGUGAUAAAGCUUUUAUACAGAAGAUACACCUUAUCCGACACCUGAAGGUUCACACUGGAAACAAAUUGUAUUCUGAAUUGGACAAUGCUUAUCAGACACCAGAGGGUUCACCGUCUUCAUCCUCAGAUACAGAGAGGAAACUUGAAGAGAAGGGGGGUAUUAAAGGGGUAGAGGCUAUGCCACUGAAUUUUGUGUGCCCCAGCAGUUUCACACCCCAAGUCUUCCAACAGUCUAGUAGCAAGAUACAAUGA